AUGCCUGGUGGUGCUGCGGGUGCUGCUGGUGCUGCUGGUGUUGUUGAUGGGGGCUCCGGUGCAGGGGAUGCUGUUGUGGCUGAGAUUGGUAUUGCGAAGUAUGGCCACUCGAAAUGA